AUGAAGUUCACCUUUUCCUCCCUCGCGGUGUCCGCCCUGCUUUGUAUAGGGGCUGCAACAGCACACAACAUUCCACUGAAAGCGCAUUCGAGGGAGUGCUUCUUCGAGAACCUGCAUGUCGGCGAUAAGAUGAGCAUUGCCUUCCAGACGGGUGAUACCGAGUUCGGUGGGAGCGGGAAUCUCGACAUUAAUUUCUGGAUCGAGGAUCCAACUGGCCACAGACUUCAUAACAGGAAUUCGAUAUCCUCAGACGACUUCACCUUUACCGCCAACAGAGACGGAAAACACGUCUACUGCUUCGGCAAUGAGGCCUGGUCAUCCAACAGCAAGGAGGUCUCUUUCAACGUGCAUGGAACUGUAUUUGUGCCUGCGAGUGAACACCCUACUGAUCCCCUAGAAGCCGAAGUGCAAAAACUCUCCGAAGAGCUCGCCCAGGUCAAGGAUGAGCAGUCGUACAUUAUCAUCCGUGAACGUACCCACCGAAAUACCGCAGAGAGCACAAACUCGAGAGUGAAGUGGUGGAGUCUCUUCCAGCUAGCUGUCCUCAUUGCAAACGGUAUCUUCCAGGUUUGGUGGCUUAAACGGUUCUUCGAGGUCAAGAGAGUUGUUUAA